UCGAGCCGCAGAUCUGCAAACCUACGAAAACCCGUGAGGCCUCGUCUGUUACCAGACCAUCACCCGCGGAGAAAACAGACAUUGGAUAUUUGUUUAUAUACAAAGAGGAUAAGCUUGUGCGGAUCCCAAUCAAAUUAGACGUUGAUCGAAAGGAGGAGAGACCUAUACAAAAUGCAAGUCUGGGUGCCUACUACUACUACUACCCGACAUUUCAAAAAUACGUCGUUUCGGCCGGAUCCGGUGCGAGGAAGUACCCAAACAGCUCAAAGGAUAAGCGUAUUGUUUCAAUGAGAAAACAGGUGAUGGAGGACCUUGAUAUGGACCUGAAGAAGCUUUUUGAAAAUUGCGAUUGGGUGAAAGUGACCGACAGUGAGGGAGGUGAUGAAGUCUUGCUUGUUUUUCUCAAGGUCUAUGACAAGACAGCUGCACCCUUGCUUCGCUCCAUAUUCCAGGGAGCUAUGGCUACUUGUUUCGCCUACGGACAGACUGGGUCCGGCAAAACCUACACGAUGAGCGGACCCCCCGACCAGCAAGUG